CCCCACCCGUGGAGCCUUCCAGAAGUCGCCGGCAGACCCGUGCGGCUUGCAGCCCAGCCACACUCCAGAUUUUCAUCCUUAAAAGUCGCUAUUUUGUCUGUAACUCUAUAUUAAGUGUCACAAUCCUUCAGUCAACAUGUCCACGUUGGGGACACUAGCGUUCGAUGAGUAUGGGAGGCCUUUCAUCAUCAUUAAAGACCAGGAUAGGAAGACACGGCUAUCGGGCAUUGAUGCAUUGAAGUCUCACAUUAUGGCAGCUAAGGCGGUUGCCUCAACACUUAAGACGUCUCUGGGACCUAAUGGUCUUGACAAGAUGAUGGUUGACAGGGAUGGAGAGGUUACUGUUACCAAUGACGGAGCCACCAUUCUCAGCAUGAUGGAUGUGGACCACCAGAUUGCUAAGCUUAUGGUGGAACUGUCCAAAUCACAGGAUGAUGAGAUUGGUGAUGGAACCACUGGAGUUGUUGUGCUGGCUGGGGCUCUGCUUGAACAAGCUGAGCAGUUGCUGGACCGUGGGAUCCACCCCAUCAGGGUCUCUGACGGUUACGACCAGGCUGCACGCAUUGCCAUCGAGCAGCUGGACAAAAUUGCUGAGACCUUUCCUUUUGAUCCCAGCAACACAGAACCGCUUAUUCAGACUGCAAUGACCACACUGGGCUCCAAAGUUAUUAAUCGGUGCCACAGACAAAUGGCUGAGAUAGCAGUGAAUGCUAUUCUCACUGUGGCUGACAUGGAGAGGAAGGAUGUAGAUUUUGAGCUCAUUAAGAUGGAGGGAAAGGUGGGAGGCAAACUGGAGGAUACACAGCUUGUCAAGGGAGUCAUAGUUGACAAAGAGUUCAGCCACCCUCAGAUGCCCAAGGUCCUGAAAGAUGCAAAAAUUGCCAUUCUCACCUGCCCGUUUGAGCCUCCAAAGCCCAAGACCAAGCAUAAGUUGGAUGUCACCUCUGUUGAGGACUACAAAGCCCUCCAGAAAUAUGAAAAGGAAAAGUUUGAGGAAAUGAUCCAGCAGGUCAAAAGCAAUGGUGCAAACUUGGCCAUUUGCCAGUGGGGCUUUGAUGAUGAAGCUAACCACCUUCUGCUGCAGAAUGAGUUACCAGCCGUUCGUUGGGUUGGAGGACCUGAGAUUGAGUUGAUUGCAAUCGCUACAGGAGGUCGCAUCGUACCAAGGUUCUGUGAACUAACACCAGAGAAGCUUGGUACAGCUGGUUUGGUGAAGGAAAUCUCUUUUGGCACCACAAAGGAUCGCAUGCUGGUCAUCCAGGAGUGCAAAAACACCAGGGCUGUAACCAUUUUCAUCCGUGGAGGCAACAAGAUGAUUAUUGAGGAGGCCAAGCGUGCUCUUCAUGAUGCUCUUUGUGUAAUUCGCAAUCUGGUCAAAGAUAACCGCGUUGUAUAUGGAGGAGGCGCUUCAGAGAUUGCAUGUGCUCUGGCUGUUAACCAGGCUGCAGAUAAGUGCCCAUCACUGGAGCAGUACGCAAUGAGGUCGUUUGCUGAUGCUCUAGAGGUAAUCCCAAUGGCCCUGGCUGAGAAUAGUGGACUGAACCCAAUCCAGACCAUGACAGAGGUCAGAGCCAGACAAGUCAGAGAGACCAAUCCCUUCCUUGGCAUUGACUGUCUUCACAACAACACCAAUGACAUGAAGCAGCAACAUGUGAUUGAGACCCUAAUUGGCAAGAAGCAGCAGAUCUUGCUGGCUACUCAGGUUGUCAAGAUGAUCCUAAAGAUCGAUGACAUCCGAAGUCCAGGAGAGACUGAGGACUGAAGCCCUCCUGAACACCCAGAAGGCGCGGCUGUGUUGUAGAACACUUGAUAACUUCUUAAGUUGUUCUAAAAGUUUUAGGCACUUCCCCGAGCGCCAUGUUCAAGUCGCACUGCGUUACGGUAUUUAUCAUUUGAUACAAAAUGUCCUGACCUGUCAAAUAGUAUCAAAGUCACCAUUAAAAUGUUGGUCUGUUGAAAUA